CAAUUUAUAUGGAUAUGCUUUAAACUCUCUAGCUAUGGAAAUAGAUCAAAACGACACUGUAAUCAAAAUUUUCAAAUCUUAAGAGUACUUUUGACUCAAUAGAUUAAAAUAAAAACGGAAUAAUUGAAAUAAAUGAAUUAACAUAAGAACUCAAUAAUAAUCAUGGUAUUACUUAGAAAGAGUAAGAAUUUAAUUAUAAAUAAAUUUUAGCUAGAUUCAAUCUAUCUUUUAAUACUUGAACAUAUCAAAAAAUGGUUAGAUCACAUUAGAAGAAUUUGAAAAGUAAUGGACAAGUGCAGAAUCAUAAAUUUAAUAAGAGUUAAAUAGAUAAUAAUUCUAAAAAUAGAAAUAAUAAGUCUAAUCCUAUAUUUAAACAAACUAAUAAUUAAAAUCUUCAGUUGUAUAAAACUCCACAUUAUAAAAAUCUGGGUCUGCUUAACAGUUUUCUGAUUUAUUUAAUAGCUACAAAUCAAACAAUUCCCCAACUAAAUAUAUAAAUAUUUAAGGAGAUUUUUCAAUCAAUUAGUUUAAUACUCCACCACUUUUGGAUAGAAGAAGUUCUCCAUUAAAAGUUUUAUCUCCUCCAAAACCAGAAUAAUAUCCAAAGACAAAAUAAGAAGCAAAAGAUGAUAAAUUAAGAGAAAUGUAAAGAUAGAUAUCUUAUUUGUUUAAUUCUAAAAAUGAUUAAAAAAAUUCGACUCCAAGAUUAAAGUAAAAUUUGGAUACAUUUAUGAAUACUAUGAAAUUAGGUUUAGGAAGAAGAUCCAGUGGUCAUACUUUGAAAUAUGAAACUAAGACAUAGACUAUUUCACCUAAAUUAUCAGAUUAGAUUUCAUUAUAAAAUUAUGCUUAUUAAUUUAAUGAUAUGAAAAUGCAAUUUAAGUAAACAUACACUGGAAAUAAAAGUAAUAGUAUUAAGGGUAAUACAUUUUUUAGAAAAUGA